CACUUUCAGAGAUGGCUUCAGAAGACACGAAAGAUACAGUAACAGCAGGGGAGUUUUUGGAGCUGCAAAAAAGUUUAGAAGAAGAAGCUAGAGAAGUUCUACCAUGGAAUUUUGAUCGCUGCACGUACAGUAAGGGUCAUUUGCGUCAGGCUGUGUAUGUUUGUAAAACUUGCAAGCCCAGCACGGGUUCUGGUCCAGGAGGUGCUGUUUCUUUACUCUUUGAUAAACUAUCUACAGAUCAUGAACUUAUCGAGCUGUUUAACAAGCGCAAUUUUCGUUGUGAUUGCGGAACAGCGCGUUUUGGAGGAAGUGCAUGUCAACUAGAACCAAAGUCACAAGACGCGUUAAAUGAAAACAAUUUGUAUAAUCAUAAUUUUGAAGGCCGGUUUUGUUGGUGCAAAGUUGAUUACGAUCCAGAACGAGAGGAAGCUAAUAUGCAUCAAUGUGUUUUGUGUGAAGAUUGGUUUCAUGAAAAUUGCAUUAAUGGAGAAAAACAAGGAGAAAAAAAUUUUUCGCUUCCUGAUUUAGAUAAUUUCGAAGAAUAUAUCUGUCGCACAUGUACUAGCAAGCAUUCUUUUCUUAAGCCCUAUAAAAAUUCGCAUAUGUUCUUCUCGGGCCAAACAAUAAGGAAAAAUGAAGGAACUAGGGAAAUAGAUAAUGAUAAGAAAUCAAAGAAUGACCAAUUUCAAGUUGAAACAUCUGCUUCCACAAAUAAAAGAAAAUUAGGUGAUGAGCAAGAAAUCGAUUCAAAAACUACCGCGUUAUCCAAAAAGGCUAAAGGCGGCGAUAUGUGCAAGCUUGAACGAUGGGAACCUGUUAAGGACAACAUUGAUGUUGAUUUAUUUUGCAUACAAAGUUGGCGUGACGAAUUAUGCCGAUGCAGCAAGUGUAUGUAUCUUUAUAAAUCACACCAAAUAGAAUUUGCCCUACAAGAAGAAGAAACUUAUGAACCUCCACAUGAUGAUGAUGCGCAUACUUCGCUUUUUGAUAGUGGAAUGAAACUAUUGGCGCAAAUGGAUAGAGUUACGGCGAUUGAAGGGGCGAUUGCAUAUGCCAAACUAAGAGAUGAUCUUGUCGAAUUCUUAAAACCAUUCGGCGAUUCUGGAAAGACAGUGACAGAACAAGAUAUUCGUGCAUUUUUUGAGUCCAAGUGGAGUGAACGUAAAACUUCGGACACUGAUUCCUUUUUUUGA